AGAGAUGGAGCUGAGCACAGGCGUCCAUAAGAUGUCCCUCGGGCAGCCUCCAGUCGGAAGAGGACCUCCCUGUAUGAAAUGCAAAGGAGCAUGCGCAGGAUUCCAGCCGCACCCCUGGAGGAAAUCCUGCGAGCUGUGCCGCUGCCCACGUGAGGCGCACACUCUGCCCAACGAAGUGGACGGGGAUCACCGGAUUGGUCAACUUCUCUCCGACACCCGCUACUCAGGACUGACAGCCCGCGUGAAGGGCGGCGAUGGGCUCCGUGUCUACAAGAGGAACCGUAUGAUCAUCACUAACCCCAUCACAUCUCGCAAAGACCCGACCUUCCUCACUGUCACCUAUGAAUGGGCCCCUCCGGGCCUCAACCAGAAACUGGCCAUGCGUUACAUGGAGCUGAUCCCCAAAAAGUUGCAGCCUCUGGCCGGCACGGAAGGGGCUCAUUAUCGCCGCGUGCAGCUGCUGAGACAGCUACCUCCUUACGACUACGACCCCGCACAUUGUCGAGGACUGGCCGAGGGCGAGAGACCAGCUAUGGCGGCAUUUGUGAAACAACACAAAGAAAGUGCCAUGGGGGUGGCGGAGGUGGCAUUGCCCGGCACCUUCAAGGUGGAAGAAAAAAAACCCAGCGCAGAGACGACAGCAAACGGAACUGAGGAGUGUAAUGGGAAGACGGACUAUCUGUGUGAGUUGUGCCAGCAGUUGAUGCCCGGAGAUGCUCCCGCUGUCUAUUCUGACCGUGCCGGCACCAAGAAGCAGUGGCACCCGGCCUGCUUUGUCUGCUACCAGUGCAGAGAGCCCCUGGUGAACCUCAUCCAUUUCUGGAAGAACAGCCGCCUCUGGUGUGGGCGACACUACUGUGAAGGCGAGAGGCCGCGCUGUGCUGGCUGCGAUGAGAUCAUAUUCUCAGAAGACUAUCGGCAGCUCGACGGCAAGUCUUGGCACAAAGAACAUUUUUCCUGCCUAGUCUGCGAGCAGCCACUGACCGAGCACCCCAACGUACUGGAGAGCGGCCAACUCACGUGCGUCGCCUGCAGCAAGGACAAAGCCGCACAUUAGACCAA